AGUUGAGGGUUAUCAUUUGUAGUAGACAAUUAUUUGGAAUUAUACCCACAAAUGACUCUUUGUGGAGGUAGAUAACACAGGCGUUGAAUCUGUUAUGAGGGAAAGGAGUCGAUGAUGGCGUGUUUUGCGUCGCUAAAGCAAGAUAUUAAGUUUUUGGAAACAACUUUCACCAAGCAACACGAUCGUUUUCAGAUUCUCAACGCCUCUGUUGACGAAAUCUCGUGUCGCUUCUUAGGCAAAAAUGGAGACAAAUAUGACAUUCAUGCAAAUAUCACCGAAACCUAUCCCCAGACGGCCCCUAUCUGGUUUGCAGAAUCAGACGAUUCGUUAGUGUCAGAGGCCAUUGAGGUGUUAAAUGAAACCACUCCUGAUAAAUUCAGUAUUGUUCAGCAGAUCAAGUUAUUGGUGACUGAGUUGUGCAAACACCACAAUGUGGCAGUUCCUGAAGAUAUUUCAGCCAUAGAAAGUGCCUCAGGGGACAAGCCUCAUGCGUCCUGCCAUCGUGAGCUGUCUGAUGAAGAGGAAGAGGAAGAAGACUUGUGUCAUUAUGAGAUGGAAGAGGAACCUGUCAGUGAGCAGAAAUCUACCGAAGAAGUAGAUGGCAUUGACACAGAAAAUCUCUUGGUGUUGGAACGCUUGAAACAAAACCAACGCAAAGACUACUUAAAGGGCUCUGUUUCGGGCUCGGUCUUAGCCACUGAUCGUCUAAUGAAGGAACUCCGAGAACUCUACAGGUCAGACAGUUAUAAAAAAGGUAUUUACACAUUGGAAUUGGUGAAUGAGUGCUUAUACGAGUGGAAUGUGAAGCUUAAAAUUGUGGACAGUGAUAGUGCUCUCUAUUCAGAUCUACAAACCCUGAAAGAAAAAGAAGGCAAAGAUGGAAUUAUUCUUAACUUUACCUAUAAGGAAUCUUUUCCUUUUGAUCCGCCGUUUGUGCGGGUGAUCAGCCCUGUGAUAUCUGGGGGCUACGUUCUGGGAGGUGGUGCUAUUUGUAUGGAACUGCUCACAAAACAGGGUUGGAGCAGCGCCUACAGCAUUGAAUCUGUGAUUUUGCAAAUAUCUGCUACACUUGUUAAAGGCAAGGCUAGAAUACAGUUUGGGGCAUCAAAAGUCAGUAGCCAGUACAGCCUUGCUCGAGCUCAACAAUCAUUUAAGUCUCUGGUUCAAAUCCAUGAGAAAAAUGGUUGGUUCACACCUCCCAAAGAAGAUGGGUAGCAGUGAGGUAGUGGUGUGUCUCCUGCCCAGGCCACCCCACACUCAUCCUGUAAGCGUCAGCUGUCUCAUCACAGCUAGCAGAUGGCACAUUGCUUGUGGGGUUGUUCAACAAUCACAGCUGGUAGAUGUCACAUUGCUCGUGGGGUUGUUCUACAGUCACUGCUGGCAGAUGGCACAUUGCUCAUGGGGUUGCUCUACAAUCACAGCUGACUGAUGGCAAAUUGCUUGUGAGGUUCUCCAAUCACUGCUGGCAUAUGGCACAUUGCUCGUGAGGAUGUUCUACAAUCACAGCUGACUGAUGGCACAUUGCUUAUGGGGCUGUUCUACAAUCACAGCUGACUGAUGGCACAUUGCUCGUGAGGAUGUUCUACAAUCACUGUUGCUAGUGGGGAGGAGUUUGGCCACAAUGAACCUUUCUGAUAUCAUGUCUUUCUUAUAAUGUGACAUUGGUGGUGUCCAGUUUGUCAUCAGUCUUCUUCACUUCUGGGCACAAACUGACGGAGGGUUAAAUCACAGUGUAUAUAGUGUUCAUAACUGGCAGAUAUGUGCUGUCUGCCGGCAUAUAUUUAUCCUCCUGUUGCCAUACGUGAAAUGAACUCAACCCAAGAGGUGAUUGUAAAUAUUGUGGGCUGUUUUUCCCAAUGCUUUCACACCAGCAGACAGUUUCUGUGCAAUUAUUGGUGGCCAACUGGGCAUAAACCAGAGCUUGACUUUGUUGCUGGUGGAAAUCUGAUGUAUGACAAGAUCACUUAAUUACUGGUUUAGGGAACACGCUCUUCUGAAGACUUCCAACUUUCUACUUUUUAAACAUUUAUGAUGUUAUCCCCAAAUAUGGGUUAAAAGACUGUGGUCAAAAUGUUCUGUAAUUUUUAUAUAGACUCCAUUGAUGACUUCAGUUACAACUUCUAGGAACAGUUACAAGUUGAGUGUACACCUUGUGAUUUGCCUGGUUGGUACUGUGUGAAGGGUUGACCUGGUAUCCCCCUAACCUUGUGAUUUGCCUGGCUGGUACUGUGUGAAGGUUUGACCUGGUAUCUCCCUAGCCAUCACGAAGUCUGUCUGCAGGAGUCUUGUACACCUCAUCAAGCUUUGUAUCUGCCAUCUUGUUUUUCAACACAAAACAUUUUCUUGAGCAGGAUUUUCGCAAAUUUUCUUAUGCAGAAUAUGUAUUUUCCACCAUGAUUUGCAGAGCAGUGUCAUUUUCAGUGCAGUUGAGUAAUAGACCAUGAUUGUCUGUACGUAUACCUCAAAUACUUCACUGAGAUUUUGAUGUAAGUGUAUCUUAGUGUCUGAUGCUAGGCAUUGUUAUUUCCACAUUGUACGACAGGCCAUCAUCUGUGUACAAGAGAAGUGACAAAAAGGUGUUACGUUGGAUAUCUGUUGUUGUUGUCAUAUUGCAGAUAGUUACAGUUUUAGCUUACAAAGCUAUUGUAAUAUCCUGUGUGUUACCAUUAAUUUAAUAUGAAACAUCAUUCGGUGCUCAGCUGUGGUAAAAUUCCAAGGUUAGUUCAGAUUUAUUAGCCCCAAACUGGACUGUGAAGUUCAACCAAAGAAAUCCAAACAAAAAUAAAUGAUGUACUGCCUGUGUAUCUCUAGGUCAAUGUGCAUAGUGUCUGCUGACGUGGUUUGUGGCCUGGAGAUAACAUUGAAUAUGUACAUAGCAUGAGAAUAGACAGACAGGAUUACUAGCGAGUGCACAUUGUCAUUAUAUCUGCAAGUCUGUCUUUGUGUGGACCUGAUAUACUUCAAAUUGCCAUAUCUUUGACACUGAUCAUUUAGUCCUAAUCAGUGAAUCUCUACAGUGUGUUACCCUUAGGCUUCCACCUUUUACAGCUAAGAUAGUAGUUUUGUUACCUUCUCUUUUACCUGGUCAGGUGAUCUGUAGUAAAAUAUAUGAAGAAAUUUUAAAUCACUGAUUAUUUUCCUGAACAGUGAGAGUUGCUAGCUGAUGUACUUGGAAGAGUGGGUUAAGUUUGGUUAUUGACGAGUUAUCAAUGGAUUGCGCUUAAUAAUAUAUGUAUAUUCUUUGGUUUACUAGUGCCCCAUCAAAUUCAAGGCUUAGAAAGGGGAAAACUUGCUACCAGUGUGUUAAUUAAGAUUUAUUGCGCCUCUGUAUCUGUUCACAUUUUAGGUGUACCUCGGCACAGGAGCAUGUUGAUAUUGAACGUGAAUUGAAAAACUAAUUAAUGGACAUUCUUAUUAACUAAAGUACCUUUUGCAGGUCCUCCUCAAAAUCUACCCACUUCUCUGAUUUGUGUGAAGGUGUUCUUGAAAACCGAUCUUAGGAAACAGCCAUCUGGAGCAAAAUCGCCGGCUUUCAUCCUUCAAGGCACCUCACUUAUUUUAGACUACAGUCAACGAUGAUCUGUAUGGAGAUCUGCCUUUUCCGCUAUAGCUUUACUCCGAUGGUUUGUGCGAGGUUUGGGGGUCCCUACCUUCCUACACCUCCCCUGGAACAUUUCCUGUUUUCACUGUCCACGGACAUCGAGAACUCAAAUCAUUAUAAUCAUUAUAAACAAAGAAGUAACGGGAAAAGGCAGAUGAAGCCUAUCCAUUACCAGUUAAGUGGUUCUGUUGUCCUCACCAUUUAAGACUGAGGCACUGUGUGUGUGUGUGUCUCGCAGCAUGUCAUAAAUGCUGGUAUGUUGCUUGAUAACAGGUGAAAUUACUGAUCCUGGUAAUCUUUUGUAUGUAAAUUACUUAGCAUUAUUUAAUUAAAAGUGUAUAGUAUUCA